UGUGCUUCUUGACGUGGUCCUUCAGGAACAGCGGAUAAUUUCUCACCAGUGAAUAAACCCUCGCAAAAACCCCGAUCCUUUCUCUCUCUCUCUUACUGAUCUGACUCCAUGGCAGCCUUGAAGCUCCUUCUCUCCCAAGCUCGCCGCCAUUGCCUCCCCAAACCCCCAUUUCCACCAUUCCCCCAUCGAUCCCUCUCCUCGUCACCGAAUACUAAGCCUAACCCUAACCCAGACUUGGAAGAGCUAGAAAGACCCUCUCAACCCGUACCCAUCCAAACGGUAUCCUACUCUGUGAAACCCAAAGAUCCCUCCACUCCAGACCAACAACAAGACCCUCCUCAAUCGCCAUUGCCAUCGCCACCGCCUCGCCGCGAACCUCGCAGCGCGCAGCAAGAAACGCGACCGGUUUGGACCCGCGAGGACAUCCGGUACGUCAAGGACGCGGCCGCGAUAUCCCCAGUGUCGUACCCCUCUCGUGUGGCUCCUCUUCCGGAGGACAGGACCUCCGGAGAAGGCGAAGAGGCGAAGGGGGCAAAAGAGGAGAGCGAAGAGAUGGAGAGAGAGAGGAAGAGAAUCGAGGCUGAUGCUCGGAUGAGGAGGGUGUUUAGGGUUUCGGAGGAACAGAACGUGGCGGUCCCUUUUCCAAUGCUGAUCAAGAAGAAAGAGAGGAUAGAGAAGCCGGCUCCGCUUGAUCUGAUGGAGGGCAUUCGCCAAGUCAAGGCUAAUUCCAAGAGAAAUUUCGACGAAACUAUUGAAGCACAUGUAAGAUUGGGUAUUAAGAAAGAGCGAACGGAUCAGAUAGUACACGGUAGCCUGGUUCUGCCUCAUGGUGUGGCAAAGGUUGUCAGGGUGGCCUUCUUUGCUGAAGGGGCAGAUGCAGAUGAAGCUAGAGCUGCAGGCGCUGAUAUUGUUGGCGGUGUUGAACUUAUUGAAGAAAUUGCAAGCAGUCAUAAGUUUAAUGUUGACAAGUGUUUCGCAACUCCUAAAUUGGUACUGCGUCUAAAUAAGAUAGCAAGCUUUCUUAAAGAACGUCAUCUAUUGCCAGACCGUAAAAGUGGUACUGUCACUAGUGAUGUUUCUGGGGCAAUAAAAGCAGCAAGACUAGGUCGCAUUCACUUCAAAAUGGACAAAACAUCUAUCGUGCAUGUGGGACUUGGAAAGGCCAGUUUUACUGAGGAGUCUCUACGAGAAAAUAUUGGUGCAUUUAUGAAUGCUCUUUUGGUUGCAAAGCCUCCAAACUUAAAGAAGGCUUCCAAGUAUGCCGGAUAUGUGAACUCGUUCCAUAUAUGCAGCACGAUGGGUCCAGGAUUCCCCAUUUCAAUGCAGUCAUUAUCCAAAGCUGCAGAUCACUACAAUAAAGUCCACCUUAAGUGAUGCGGUGGCGGUGACAGUUCAAUAUAGAUUGAAGUUUUUCCCUUUUACGAAGUGAGGUUUCUGUCUCUCUCUCGAGCAAGAUUUUGGUAUAAAAUUAUGUAAGAAUAGUUGAAUUCUGGCUAGGAUUCAAAGAGCAAGAUUGUGAUAUAAAAUUAUGUUACUUAGAAUAGUUCAA